AUUUCGACGUACAUCGUCUCGCCGCGCCCGACUAAAAGUACUGGGUUGCCCGUCUACAUUCCGGAUCUCUGCUCUACUCUUGUAUCAACUUACGCUGCCUUUUCAAAUCACUGCACACAUUUCGAAAGAAGCUGUCCAGCUUCAGCUACACCGGCCCACAAUCAAGCUUGAGUGGAGGACCGAUUUCGCGCAUCAAAGAAAAGCACUUCCAGUGUAAGACAGUUGGCCUUGAUCGAAUCGUUCGGCCGACUGCAUAACCCCAUUACUGUACUUCCACGCCCACUGUCUACGCGAAAGACGACGCUUCCGAUGGCCGACGCCCAAGCUGCCGGCGGUGACUCGAACCCCUCGAGGGGUAAUCGCAACCGUGGAAGAGGUCGCGGUGGUGGUGGAGGGGGAGGAGGAGGCAACUCUGGGACCCGUGGAAGAGGAAGAGGAGGACGUGGUAGAGGCGGUAACAACGCUGCUGCGCCAACUCAGCCAGACACCUCGAGCGCAUCCGAGGCCCCUAUCGCCAAAGCCGAUAACAAGGUGCUUACACGCACGGCUGCAGCGGACGAUGACACGGCGAGUAGUGACGGAGAGGUGUGCUUCAUCUGCGCAGAGCCCAUCAAGUUCCACUCAAUUGCACCAUGCAACCACAAGACCUGCCACAUCUGUGGUCUGCGCAUGAGAGCCCUAUACAAGACCAAGGACUGUCCUCAUUGUCGAACUGCUUCUCCCUUUGUCGUUUUCACGGAUGAUGCGAACAAGCGAUACGAGGACUAUACCGACGCCGAUAUCACGAGUUUCGAUAGUAACAUCGGUAUUCGAUAUACGAAUGAGGAAAUUGUCGGUGACACUGUCGUGCUCCUACGAUACAACUGCCCUGCGGAGGACUGUGUCUUCGCCGGUUUAGGAUGGCCAGAUCUUCAUAGGCACGUCCGCUCAACGCAUCACAUGAAGAUGUGUGACCUGUGUACCAGGAACAAGAAGGUCUUUACCCACGAGCAUGAGCUCUUUGCCGACAAGGAGCUCGAGAAGCACAUGAGGCAUGGAGACGACAGGCCAGGUGCCAUUGACCAGACAGGCUUCAAGGGCCACCCCCUAUGCGGGUUCUGUGGAUCGCGCUUCUACGACGAUGAUAAGCUCUUUGAUCACUGCCGCGAAAAGCACGAAAGAUGUUUCAUCUGCGACCGGAGAGACUCGAGACACCCCCACUACUUUGUCAACUACAACGCCUUGGAAAAGCACUUUGAAAAGGACCAUUUCCCCUGUCUGGACAAGGAAUGUUUGGAGAAGAAAUUUGUCGUCUUUGAGUCGGAGAUGGACUUGAAGGCACAUCAACUGGAAGAGCAUGCCAACUCUCUGUCCAAGGAUGUGCGGAGAGAUGCGAGGGUAGUAAACAUGUCAGGCUUUGACUACAGAUCGACAUACGAGACCGAGAGACGUGGAGGGGGUGGCGGGGGUAGAAGCGGCGGCGGUGGCGGCGGUGAUGGUCCUUCCAGUGGACGUCAAGGCCGUGGCCGUGGCCGGGAUCCCAAUGCCGAGCCCAUACCCCAUAGCUCUGCGCAACCGCUUCGUCGGGAUGAGCUUGCCUUCCAAAGACAGAUGGCAAUCCACUCGGCGCAGUCAGUUUCUAACCGUACGUUUGGUGGCUCGUUGUCGCAGCCAGCGAGUACGACACCAGCUUCCUCGUCUCGCCGAGGCAACGGUGCAGCGGCACCUGGAGGAUCAUCACGUCAAGCCCCAGCAGCGGCAGCCGCCCCUGCGCCUGCGCUGCCCACGGCCGAGAUGGAGCAGCUCAACGUUACUGACAUUGCAUCAUUGCCUCCUCAGGAGAGAGCGGUGAUGUUGCGCCAUCAAGGAGUCGUUGAGCGCGCUUCAAACAUGCUGGGUCACGAUGAGUCAAAGAUGAAGGAGUUCCGCGAGUACAUUUCAAAUUUCCGAAAAGGAAAGCUGACCGCCCCUCAACUGGUGGAUGCCUUCUUCUCGCUCUUCGCCGACACAUCGUCAAACGCGUUGGGCACGUUGGUCCGCGAAGUUGCCGACCUGUUCGAGGAUAAGAGCAAGGUCGCGGCCCUGCACAAAGCGUGGCAGGACUGGAGAGCCAUCAACGAAGACUACCCGUCUCUUCCUGGCUUGGGCGGUAUGCACGGCGCGACGACGGCUUCGAGCGGCUGGGCCAGCGCGGCUUCGCCAUCGCCCACAGCGCCAGCUGCGGCACCGAGCUCCAACCAGAAGCACUCGAACCGCGUGUUGAGGCUGAAGAACAGCACCCGAGCCGGCGCCUCAGGACCUAAGCCCGUGACCCAGGCUGCUUCAACGAACUGGGUGUCAACCUCGGGGUCCUCUCGUCCUCCAGCACCAUCGGCUUUCCCUGCUCUUCCCGCGGCUUCGUCGUCGUCCAAGUCUUCGGCACACCAGCCAUCCUGGAUCGGGCCCAACAACCCCUCCGCCUCGAGAUCAUCAGGCCCCGCGGGACCCGCGGGACCCGCGGGACCCGUGCGCUCGACGCCCGCCGGUCGCCCUCCGCCAUCGUCUGCUUUCCCCGCGUUGCCCCCGGCACAGAAGCCCCUCACCACAAUCUUUGGCUACGGCACAGGCCGAGGUGUACGGCGCGACCUCGGCGGUGCUGCCAGCAACUUCAGCUGGGGUUCUGCCCCGGGAAGUGGAGCCGCAAGCGAGAAUGUGUCGGAGCGGGAAGACGAGGAAGCUGGUCAGAGUACCGGUGGUAAGAAGAAGAAGGGCAAGAAGGUGCUUGUCCAGUGGGGUUGAGAGUGGUCUCCAGGAAGAUGGGUAAAUACGAGGCGUUGCGAGAUGGAUGAUGGGCGACACUAUUUCACGGUAUAUCAAGCCGCGCAGUGUGUAGAAGAUUGCUCAACACUAAAAGGAGUUGAUUGGCCAUACGUGGCUCUGGGGUUUGGAGGAGGUAUAAAGAAAAAGAGCUGUAGCAGAGUAAGAUGGACCAGAGAAAAACAGGUCUUCAAAUAAAUAGAGUAAAUGUGAACCUAGCACUCCGGGUCAUUGCCUUACAAUGUAUAUCGUCUGUAUCAGUGAGGGCCCGGAUAGACUUGGCUACCUAAAUACCGCUACC